UGAUCGCUGGACUCCGUGGCCCGCCUUGGGGCUCUCCCUUGCCGGCGUCGUCCUCUGCUGUCCGCAGACAGGGUUGACCGAGGAGGCAUUUGGAAGCCCCCGAGUUACGAAAAGAAACAAUCUCUCAAAAACUGCUUUUGGGUAUAAGUCACAUGGGUGGCAUCCUGAAAUCCGCAGGGAGAGUCAAGAAUUCCAGUUUAUAGAAACCUAUUCACAAAAAUGGCAUCCUGGUUGUAUGAAUGUCUUUGUGAAGCUGAACUUGCACAGUAUUAUCCUCAUUUUACUGCUCUUGGCCUUCAGAAAAUAGAUGAAUUAGCCAAGGUUACCAUGAAGGACUACUCCAAAUUGGGAGUCCAUGACAUGAAUGACUGCAAACGUCUCUUCCGACUUAUCAGAAUCAUUCAGAUGAUGCAGGAAGAAGACAAAGCAGUCAGUGGCCCCGAGCAUCCUCUCCAGACAAGCAGCCUGUACAGCAAGCCUCGGGAAUCCAGAUCUGGCCCUCGGAGACAACUGCAGUUUGAUUCUCCUGCUGACAACAAAGACAGAACUACCAGCAACUAUGGGUUUGAAAUGUGCAAUUUAUCAGAUUUUUCUGAAAAUGAACAGAAGUUUAGUUACUUAAAGGUGCCGGAGCACAUGCUACCAGAUGAUUUCCAGUACUGUACAGAAACCAGAAUUCUGAAUGCCACAGCUGCUGAUUCCUGUGUGCAAACAGAAACUAACACUUCACUCUCUUCAUCAAAUCACUUUUCUCCAAGACUGGGGGUUUGUGAUAGUCCCAUUAUUCAAAGAGUCUCUCAUGUUUCAGGGUAUAACUAUGGAAUCCCUGAUUCUUGUAUCAGGCAGAACACCUCAGAGAAAGAAAAUCCUUGGACUGAAAUGGAGAAAAUCAGAGUUUGUGUUCGAAAACGCCCUCUAGGCGUGAGGGAGGUACGUCGUGGAGAAAUUAAUAUUAUUACUGUAGAAGACAAAGAAACUCUACUUGUUCAUGAGAAGAAAGAAGCUGUUGACCUCACACAAUAUAUUCUGCAGCAUGUUUUUUAUUUCGAUGAAGUCUUUGGUGAGGCGUGCACCAAUCGGGAUGUCUACAUGAAGACUACUCACCCACUCAUUCAGCAUAUUUUCACUGGAGGCAGUGCCACUUGCUUUGCAUAUGGACAGACAGGUGCUGGAAAGACCUACACCAUGAUAGGAACUCAUCAGAACCCAGGACUGUAUGCUCUGGCUGCCAAAGAUAUCUUCAGGCAACUAGAAGUAUCCCAGCCAAGAAAGCACCUCUUUGUGUGGAUUAGCUUCUAUGAAAUCUACUGUGGACAGCUGUAUGACCUCCUAAACAGGAGGAAAAGGCUCUUCGCAAGAGAAGAUAGCAAGCAUGUGGUGCAGAUAGUGGGCCUGCAAGAGCUUCAGGUGGAUAGUGUGGAGCUCCUCUUAGAGGUGAUCCUGAAGGGCAGCAAGGAGCGCAGCACCGGGGCCACUGGAGUUAAUGCAGACUCCUCCCGUUCCCAUGCUGUCAUCCAAAUUCAGGUCAAAGAUUCAGCCAAGAGGACGUUUGGCAGGAUCUCUUUUAUUGACUUGGCUGGCAGUGAAAGAGCAGCGGAUGCCAGAGACUCAGAUAGACAGACGAAGAUGGAAGGUGCAGAAAUAAACCAGAGUCUUCUGGCUCUGAAGGAGUGUAUCCGAGCGUUGGACCAGGAACACACCCACACUCCCUUCAGGCAAAGCAAAUUAACUCAGGUUCUCAAGGACUCUUUCAUCGGCAAUGCCAAAACCUGCAUGAUCGCCAACAUCUCACCAAGCCAUGUGGCCACCGAGCACACUCUGAAUACCUUGCGCUAUGCUGACCGGGUCAAAGAACUAAAGAAAGGCACUAAAUGUUGCACGUCAGCUCGAAAUCGGACAUCUGGGAACUCGUCUCCAAAACGAAUUCAGAGCUCCCCUGUGGCCCUGCCAGGGGACAAAUGUUCUCCCAAAAAAGUCAAGCUGGGGCUUCAGCAGUCAGUCACAGUGGCACCUGUCUCCACGAAAGGAAAGGCCCAUCCUCUGGCCAGCCACCCACCCAACAUCCCUUUCGCUUCUGUACCUCAAGUCCCUGGUAAAAGAGGUGGCUCCAGAGGGAGUCCUCCCGAAGAGUGGGUCAUUCAGACCAGCCCCAUCAAAGGAGCCGUGCAGUCUAGACAUUUAGCCAAAAAAGGGGCAGGAGAGUCAGCUUCAUUCUGCUCUGGGAAAAAUCAAAUCAGCAGCAAAACUGCCCUCAGGUGGGGCAGCAGCACCCCUGGCCCAGGAAAAGACCUGGUGCAUGGCAGGCUGCCCUCCAAGGGCAAGAAAGUGCAGACUGUGCAGCCAGUGCAGAAGCAGCUCGUGUCACGAGUUGCGCUCCCCUUUGGCAGCGUCCACCACUUAGCAGAGUACAGUCAGGCCAGCAAGGGGGACGUGCCUGCCAGGCCUGCCUCAGCAGCUUGGACAGACAUCCCUCCACAUCAGAAGGAGAGGGAGGAACAUUUGCGCUUUUAUCACCAGCAGUUCCAGCAGCCACCUCUCCUCCAGCAGAAGUUGAAGUACCAACCACUAGAAAGGUUUUUAUGCCAGUACAGGCCCCAAGAGGGGCAGCUCCAGAAUGAGACCCCACUUCCUUUCCGCUCUUAUUCUGAGAGCCACGAUGGAGCCCAAGCUGAGGACCUUGAUGACAGCGAUUUCAGUGAAGACUCUUUUUCACAUGUCUCCAGUCAGAGGACCACAAAGCAGAGACACACCCUGGAGAAGAGCGAAGGCUCGUUCUUCCUUCAUCAGAAGGAGCAAGGUCCCGAGGAACAGGUAGCCGAAAGGCGGCAGAGUCUGUUUUUUAGCCCCAGAACAGAUGGUGACGAGAAGGGUCUAACGGAAAGCUGGAUGUACUCCAGGGACCCCACAAGCCAUAGAAGAGCUGCAUCUGAUCACGGCCACAGCCCAAGUAAGGUGCCCUUGGAGUGGAGCAGAGAGGAGGACUCCACCUCCUCAGGGCGGCCUUCUCGUAGAGACAACCUGGCGGAGAAGCCUUACUGCUCACAGGUGGACUUUGUGUGUGGCCAGAAAAGAGGUGGCAGCCCAGCCUUGGAUCUCAGACCGGAUGCCUUCAGAAGUGAGGUUCCUGGGCAGGCUGAGGGCAGCUCACCAUCCCCAGAGGAAGACAGUGUCACUUUCUCAUUAUCCCACAUUGCUGUUCCUGGACCCCCAGACCAAAGAGACACAGCCAGCACACCUCUGAGAGAAGUCAGUGAAGAUAGCCCAACUCUAGCGACCAGAACAAUGAGAAACAGUAACUCUUUCCAAGGGGAAGACUCUAGAGGGGAGUCAGGCAUGUACUCUGAAUAUGCUUCUGGACUGAUGGCUCCCCUCACUGUGUCCCUCCUGGAGAACCCAGACAAUGAGGGCUUUCCUCCCUCGGAGCAGCCGGCCCAGCGUGGGGCUGUGCACAGUCUAGUGGCAGUGGGCACAGGGGGCCCAUCUGUGGGCCACACAGUGUCUUCUAGUGAUCAGGAGGCAGUCCUGCCAACGUCUUCAGCAACUCGGCACCUGUGGCUCUCAUCAUCUCCCCCUGACAAUAAGCCUAGUGGUGAUCUUCCAGCUCUGUCCCCAUCACCCAUCCAUCAGCACCCACCGGACAAGCUGCCCAAGAGGGACGCUGACCUGGGGGAGGGCUGUCAGAGCAGAGAGACUGCAGUCUUCUCCCAGGAACUUGGAGAUAGUGAGCAGUACGAUGCUGAUGCUGAGGAGACAGAGCUGGACGGGUCCCAGGGUUUCCCAGGAAAGCCAUUCCCCACCAUACAUACUGGAGGACCCCUCCCUGAGCCUACUCUCACCUUACAAACAGGAAGUAGUGUUGUAGCUGACCAGCCCUGGGCCCAGGAGAGAGAGCAUCCAGCAGGGCUUGGUUGGCAGGAGCUGGGUUUGUCCACAGACCCCAUCAAGUUGCCCUGCUACAGUGAGGACAUUGUGUGGCUCAAACACAGGCUGAUCCCAAGGUGCUUAGCAAAGCCAGACUCUCCCCUGGUCCUCAGCUGCUCUUCUAAGACUGCCAGGAUACUCCAUCAGCCCACUCUGGGGCAUGCACAGCAGGUGGUCAUCCGAGCACACCAGGAACAGCUGGAUGAAAUGGCUGAGCUGGGCUUCAAAGAGGAGAGCCUGAUGAGCCAGCUGGCUCCUACUGAUUUUGAAGAUUUUGUGACCCAGCUGGAUGAAAUCAUGGCUCUGAAAUCCAAGUGCAUCCAGAGUCUGAGGAGCCAGCUGCAACUGUACCUGGCCUGCCACAGGCCGGCCGUGGCCCCUGAGAAGACAGUGGUGUCUUAGAGCAAGAUCCAGUAUGGGGUGGUGGGGCAGCUGCGGAGCCUGUGCAGGGGUCUCAAGGGCUAGAGAGGCCCCUGCCAGGUUGUCCCUGCAGAUACCAGAACCCGCUCCCCAGUCCUGCCCAUGCUCGCCCCUCCCCUGCCACGCAUGGCCUUAGCUGGGCCCCAGCUCCUCUGUGUUGGAAUGUGGAACUGUCCCUCAGUUCCAAGCACAGGAGCAUCUGUAAGGAAGGACAGAUCAGCCAGAAGAACUUAAUAUGACCCUCCCUUUUCUUUGGGGCUUGAAGAGCAUGUCUCUUACUGACCCUUUGUCUAUGAAAACGUCCCUGAGUCUAAUAACCCUGUAGAUGUUUCUAAAUUUGGGGAUCAGAGGAUGGGGUGGUCUGUAGUAACCUAGAGGUCAGAGGUCACAAGCUGGGGACGAUAACAUGCUGAGCCCAGGGGCUUUUAUCAGCUGAAUUCUGUGCCUUUCUUCAGGACUAAAACAUUGGUGCUGGUGGGGCAGGGGCGGGGUGAGCUUUGCCCCCUCAGCCCUUGGAGAGUGAUUUGGGGCUUUAAGUUAGCUUUUGAAAAUGUAAAAUGAGUAAACCUUUGCCUUGACGUGUCUUUAACUGUAGCAUAUGUGGGACAGGCUUUAGGCUUCCACUUCCCCUCCCUUCCUGCAGUCCAGGUCACUGCAUUGUGUGUUUCCCAUCUCUGCCUUUUGCUGGGACCAUCAGCCUGUUACAGCCCCCAGUAGCUCUCAGGUUCCUGUGGCAGUUCCUGGCUCCUGUCUGCGACUCUUCACCCACCCUGUCCCCUCCCUCACAGAAGAGGCGAAGAGCUGGAGAUCUCAGGCAAGUCCGUCUCCGCCUGCCCUUCAGCUAGGAUCGCCCUGGCUGUCCACGUCUCUCCAGGGCCUGGGGUCAGUGUCUCGGCCCUGAGUGCUCUAGUCUACAGUCCGAGACUCUGAAGCAGAAUUUUUACACACGUGCACGUACUUCAUGUGAGUUCUGCUUGCUGUGUGUCUUUUUAGGAGGAAGAGGCUCGAGAAAUACAAGGUGACCUACAGGUGGUCCAUCACUUAGCAAGGCCACCCUGGGUCAAACUGAUCAUGUGUCACAGCCUUGGCCCUAAUGCCCAUCAUGGUGGGAAACUUUAAUUGCCUAUAGGUAAAGGAUAACUUUUUAAGCUUUUAAAAGGAGGGCUUAACAGAUGUUAGCUCACCGACAGUCUUCCUCACCAAAAAAUAAAUACAUAAAACUAUGGGUAAAAUUUUAAAAGAAGUAAAAGGAGGGCUUAAUUAAUUUUAAAGGCCAGAAGAGAGCCUAGCGCUCAGAGGCUACUGCCCUGCCUCCCUUGGUCAACCCCUGGCCGUGCCUGAUGUGACCACCAGAGGGCGCCCUGUCUCCAGGUUGGGGCGUCCCAGCCCAAAGGCUCUGCAGGCCCGCCUCACAAUCACUAAAAGAGACCCACCCCAGCCAGGAGCACCAGAGGUACUGUGGGACAGUACUAAGUACAAGGACAAGAAACGUUAGGGAUUACCCCAUUUCGAUCAGAUACCACAGCACCACCGAGAGCUGGUGGCAGUCUGAAUCCAGUCCUGCCUGCGGUGCAAAGCACAUGAAUGCCUGAUGCUGCUCACGGAAAAGGGCCUUCUGGGAACCAUCUCUGGGUGCGAAAGCCCAGCCUGUCUCAGCCCCCAGUCAGUCUUGCAGGCAGGCAAACGUCCAUGGCCCAGAAGACGGAGCCGGGUCAGGUUUAAACAGACUGUGGGCCUAACUUUGCAAACCAAAAACCAGGGCAGACUGGAGGGCCAGCUCCUGGGUCCCACAGGCCAAGUGGGAAGAAAGCACUGAAAUGACAGAAAACGGUUAGGUCCUGUUCCAUCUCCAGCAAAUCUAAGCAGGAAAUCCCUUCACCACCACCUCCCAUGCCCCUCAGUAAUACAGCCCUUGGCAAUAAAUGAUCACAGCAGGUCGUACCUUUUAGAUUUUUAUUAGUAGUUCUCUCUGAAGAAUCAAAAUAGUUAGCAAAUUACUUUAGAUUCAUCAAGAUGUAUAUCCUUUGUAUUUAGAUCUUUAAUGAUGUACAACAUAAUACAAAACAAACCAAAGAGACUAAUUUCUAUGACUAGGUGUUACUCAUUGUGUCAUCCUAGAGCAGGGGGCUGGAGGGAGAGGCUGUUCUCUGAGGAGAACUGAGGUGGAGUUAGUGCUGGGCAGCUGAAUUGGGGCCCGUUUCUCCCCUACUCAGUGUGCUGGAAGGGGCCAAUGCUUUCUCAAACGACAGCUGUUUCCUAGAGCGCGGGCUCUAAAAUCCUGGGUAGGGGAGGUGGUGGUCCAAACCAAGCCGAAAGAAACAGACUGGGGCAGGGAAGCGUGGUGACUGCCUGGCAGAAGAGGCAAACUCGGGGCCCCGUGGGGAAAAGGGCAUUCUUUGCACCUUGGAGACAUUGAGGAACCAGUGUAACGCUAGAGACCUUGUUAAAAGGGGAAAAAAUAAACCCUGGAAGAACCUUUCAAUUGCACUCAACUCGGAUUAGAAUUCAGUCCACCAGUGCAGGGGA